CACGACAGGAGUCAACGAGGACUUGCCAUGUCCAAGGUAGCCUUCGUGACGGGCGCGACGGGCUUCCUGGGCCAAAACCUCGUCAACUCGUUGCUGGAGCAACACUGGACCGUGAUCGCGUUCGUUCGAGCCACGUCUGUCACGGCACCACUCACAGCGCGUGGCGGGGUGACGUGUGUGGUGGGGAACAUGCUGGACGCAGCGUCCAUUGCCGCCGCGAUGCCUCUGGACGUGGACGCAGUGUUCCACGUCGCGGCCAACACGUCGUUGUGGGUUGCCACUCAUCGGUUGCAAUACGAAGAGAACGUGUACGGCACCAAAGCCAUGUGCGACGCCGCCGUGCAACGUCGCGCCAAGCGCUUUGUGUUUGUGAGCUCCAUCAGUGCCUACGGGUACGUUCCCCACGUGCUCGUGGAAACAACCCCCGACGACGGACGCCGCGACUACUCGAUGAACUACAGCCGCUCCAAACGCGAUGCCGAAGUCGUCGUGCGCGACGCCAUAGCCUCCCAUGGCCUUGACGCUGUGAUUGUAAACCCCGGACAGAUCGUCGGGCCCCACGACACCAAGAACUUUAGCCGCAUAUUCCUCAUGCUGGCCAAGAAUCGGUUAGACGGCAUCCCGCCAGGCAUGGGCUCGUUUGCGUACGCGCCGGACGUGGCCGACGCCACGAUCGCCGCCGCCGAGCGAGGCCGAGUGGGUGAGAACUACCUUCUCGGGGGCGAGACCGCCAGCUACCGCGACUUGAUCGUCAACGCAGCCACCCUCAUGGGCAAGAAGGAGACGCGGCGGCCGCUUCCACGGUGGGUAGUCCUCCUACUCGGUCGACUGUACGACCUCUACUCGGUGUACUGGUCCCACGUUGAGCCAGAAAUCAGCUACGACGUAGCCUACGAAGUGUGUGCCACGUCCAUAGUCGACAGCACCAAGGCCAAGACUGAGCUGGGGUACCAAACGCGAACACUUGGUGAAAUUCUGCCACCGACGCUGCAGUGGUUGGAAUCCAAUGGCCAUUUCGCGACAUAACUGAUAUCAACUCAAUCGAUUCUAGGGGGUUCCUCGCUACGUUGUGUGUGUAUGUGUGCGUGACGUUGUCUACGACAGGAUGAAUGUACUUACUCCUUGGUUUAUAAGCUUUUAAUUCAAAGUUUGCAC